AUGAUAACUCUAUCAGCAUUAUUUUUCAUUGCAAAGCGUAUGCCUCGAAUGAUUGUACUCCUCCUAACAUUUAUUAAUAUAUUUCUAUUGGUUUUCUUAUUGGUCGGGUGCUAUAGCCCUUCCCACAUCAAUACAUAUCUUAGUCGGUUCACAUUUGCUUCUGAUUCGACAUUGUAUCCUAUGAUUAAACAAUCUUUUACUCACAACGCAAAGACGACUGGAUUUGAGAAUGUCGUGGUUAAAGUUGGAUAUUUACGUACCUGUAUUGACAAAGUCCCAAGAGUUUAUAAUAUGGAUAAUAACUCUAUUGCUACAAAAUGCUAUUCUGGUAAAACAAUCGAGAAUGAAAGCAUUUAUAGUGAUAUUACAUUGCAAUUGUUCAAUGUUCCAAAAUCGUCACAAAGUUCAAAUACUACAACAUCAACACCAGUAACACUCAAUCUGCUGGAAUUAGCGCAGAUUACCGCAGCAAAAGUUGUACAUCCGCAUCUUUUGAUAGCUACUGUUGCCUUCACUGUGCUUGAGUUUAUCGGAAUGACAUAUUAUUUGAUCCCAUUAUUGCCAUUUAAAAACUGGAUAAACAUCUAUAAUAUUGUUUUGGCUAGUUUGUUGUUAUUGCUUUGGACUAUUGGUGUUAUGUGGGAGCAUGUCGCAACAAGAGCCACUGCAAAGCUUAUACCUCCAGCAAGCCUUGGGAUAAUAAAAUCACAUAGAGGAAGAAAAGCAGCAUCUAUGGCGUGGCUUAUCUUUUCCUUCCAAUUGAUCAAUACAAUUCUUUUAUGGUUUCUAUAUAUUAGAGACCGCAAAAGUGAGGUCAGUGAUUUGGACCUAGAUUUGAACUAUAAUUUUUCUACUAAUAGUUCAAUGACAGAAAAGACUUAA